AUGGAUACAGAAGCGUUUCCGGUGCCUUCUCCGGCGCCCUUUAGGACGCCUUCGAGAAGCGUUUCCCGUCAUCGAAGGAAUUCUUCUCUAGGUCUUUCGUCCUCACCACCAUCGCUACCCUUACCGCAUCUCCCUCUCAAUAAUGAUGGCAAUGAAAGUGGCCUGGAUGCUGCCAACGAUGACACUAUCUCGCCUCUUGAUCCCCGUCGAUUCACUCCGACACUCCAUGCGAAUUUGGUCUCUGAAAUUCUUUCCUUAAGGAGAGAGCUUGAAUGCAAAGGCAAAGACAUCGAUAAGUUGGAGGCAAGUCUGGAUGAUGCUCGGACCGAAAAUGAAUCCAUCAGCCAGAGUCUCGCGUCUCAUGUCAGAGACAAUCGGUCGCUGAAGAAACAAAUGAAGCUUCUGGAGGGUGGCACUCUCUCUGCAAUGGGCGAUAUUGCUAAGGAACGCGAUGAGGCUAUGGAAAACACUAGCGAGAUGCGAAAAAGGCUAGAACAAGCUCAAAAGAAAAUCAAAAGCCAAGAAGAUGAUGUAGACCGAACUCAAAUGCUUUGGGAUCGCGAUCGGCAGACAUGGGAUAACGAGAGGAGGACUUGGGAGCGAAGAGUGCAUGUGGCUGAAAACAGGUUAAAAGUAAUUCUGAACGAGGUCGCUGCCGCGCAGGCGGCCGACGAAUCCCGCAAGGAGGGCGAGAGCGAGAAUGACACGGGAAAUAACAUGGAUAAUUCAAGUGUUCGAUCAGCCAGCGCCUUCGGAAAGCGGCGAACCAGCACGACUAGUGUUGGCAGUGAAUAUGAUGCUGAGCCAAUCAGCAGCGGCCGGUUUUCUUCUAUGAGUUUUGCCAAUGGGCAUGGCUUAAAGGGCACUGGUCUUAAUCUAGCUGAUGAGUUGGCUUUUGAUGAGGAAGCGGAAGAAGAGUACAUGGAUAAUGAGUUAUUUGACGAGCGACCUACUUCUGUUGCGUCUCAAGUUUCGUACACGAUGGCUACAAAAGCACGCAAAAUUCUUGGUUUAUCGAUGAAUGGUAAUGCUGACCAUCUGCUUGCCUAUACCCAAGAAGCACAUCAAUUAUCAGAAUCGGGGGUUGAUCAUACUGAACUCACGCCAAAAUUCGAGUAUCGAGAUGUGGGAGUCCAAUAUACGCCUCCGCCUUCGCCUCCUUUACACCCAGGCGGCCCUGGUGCUGACCUCGAAAAUAUCGAGGAAAUCUCAUUACCCACGCCGCCUGCAUUGCCUCAAAUGAAGGACUCAGCUAUAGAAACAGUUUCGGUGGAGAUGGCAUCUGCUUCUUGUCAGACUGUCGAUCUACCCAGUCCCCCUCGAAGCCCGAAAUCGGAUGUGGAGGAAGUACCUGAGCCUGUACAAGCUGCGAUGGUUUCCACGUCCACUCAGACAGAGACAACUGCAGAGGAAAAGGAAAUAACCAUCCAAGUAACAAGUGAACCAAACCUCUCCAGUCCUUCGACUCCUGCUGUGCCCAUGAUAGCUAUCAUCCCACCUGGAUCGGAACCUACCUCACCAAGGAAUAGUGUUGUUUUGCCCCCACACACGAAGAGCAUCUCAUGUCAAACAGAUAAUGAUCUGGCUCAAAACGUGAGAUCUGCCUCCAUGCAAACGGAAGAAAUUAGGGUUGAUCAGCGUUUGCUCAAGCUUCCUGCUAGCCUCCUUCCGUCGGCAAUUAUUGAUCAACCUGCGAAUAGAGUCGAGAGUGAUGACAAUUCCAUGCCUUUCAUUGUCCCCCCUCCUCGCUCUCCUUAUCGAAAGCCAGCGAAGGCGCCAGCAACAGAGUCGGUGGACAAAAAUAAUAAGGGCAAGCAGCAAGAUCUCGUCCAGGCAUAUCCAGGGAACAACGACAAUGGGCCUCUCGCAGAAGACGACGUUUCUUAUAUACGGCGACCGUUCCGAUCAAGUAGCUUGUUUGCAGGAUUCGAAAAUAUGAGCGAUGACGAGAAAACAGAGCCUUUACCUGAAUUGCCUGAUGUUUUCAGCGACGAUGAAUUAUAUAGCCGUCCCACGGCUGCGUACACUUUACGGUCCGGCAGGAUGGUCAGCCGUCAUCGCUUAGAGAGCGAACCUCUUGAGGAGCAGGAUGAGAUUGACGUUGAUAUCGAUCUGCCUUCUACUUUACAGAAGAACAAUAACUCUCUUAAGAAAUCUAAAUUCGUCCCUAAACCGGCAUCUGGAUCAAAACAACCUGACAUUCGACGAACAACGCUGAUAUCUAAUGGCGCUGUUGCACAUCAGAGAACUCGACCACGAAGCCCAAGCGAGCCCAGCAUAGACAGUGUUUCUACUGGUGCCGCUAGGCCUCCUCCAUUCCCUGUCCCUGUGCGACUCAGUUCAAGAAACGUGGCAACUAGCUCUAAUGAUGGCGGUCAGAGCCCGACCCCUUACGGCAAUGGAAGCUAUGCAUCUGGGCGAAAGGCGAGACGUAUCACAAGACAACCCACACUACGCAAGGUCCGAUCUGCCACGGCUGUUCAGAAAGCUCAAGACCGAGCUCGAAGUCGUUCGCCCCCUUCAAUAUCUACGCCGGCAAUGUCAAGUUCUUCAUAUGCCCCAGAUAGCCCUCAGUUGCCCCCUCCGCUACCAAUUGAUGAAAUGCCUCUGCCUAGGGCUAAGCGGGCCCCAAGAAGAAUUCCAUCCAACCGGCCCCCUUCAUCAUCGUAUUCGCACACAAUUGAGGAACCUACAUCGGAUUAUCUACAGCCAACAAGCGUUGUCGAUGCCAUCGCACAAACUAUGGUAGGCGAAUGGAUGUUCAAGUAUGUUCGCCGACGAAAGUCUUUUGGCAUGUCAGAUACCAAGGAGACAUGGGAGCUUGGCAAGAACUCGACCGAUGAAGUCUCAGCCAACAUUACGAGUACUGGGGUCCGUCAUAAACGGUGGGUAUGGCUGGCCCCAUAUGAGCGGGCUGUGAUGUGGAGUAGCAAGCAACCAACAAGUGGUCCUGCUCUUCUGGGCAAAAGCGGGCGCAAGCUCACCAUCCAGUCUGUUUUAGAUGUCAAGGAUGAUACGCCGCUUCCCAAGGGAUCAACCACUCAGGGCCAAUUUAACAGGUCGAUCCUUAUUCUUACACCUCAACGCGCUCUAAAAUUCACUGCCUUGACUCUAGAACGCCACUAUGUAUGGCUGACAGCGCUAUCCUUUUUAAGCCACUCUCCUAUGGGUGUUAACGAUCUGGCUGCAUUACCCCCUGUUCCCCAGGAAGAAUACACGGCACGGCCUCCAACAGCCAGCUUGCGUCGUAACCAUAUACGCGACUCUAUCAGAGUAGCCAAAGGCAAACCUCGACCCCAACCAAGCAAGAAAUCAUUCACCGGGAAUGUAAUGCCAAUGCCCGAAUAUCCUAGCGGCGGAUUCGAUCUAGAUCCUAUAAUGGAUGCAGCCGACCCUCCAUCUAUACCUCGAUACGCAGGCCAUACUCGCAAACGUAGCAACACUGCACCCAGAGCUCCUCCCAGCGCAUUUCGCAGCUUUUCCAGUCACGCCACCUUGCCAUCCAAUUAUAGUGCAACAACGGCCAACUCAUCUGAUAUCUACGCACCGUCAUCGUUUGGCGGCCCAGGGUUGAUGAGUGCUCAAAGUAGCAUCAGCCGACGGACUUCAGAAGCAAGCGGACCUUCUAGCAUCGCGCCCAGUAAUCUUUUUGAUGCUGUCGGCACAAUACGCAUGGAAGCUUUCAUUGACCGAGUGGAUGGUCCCCGAAUCCGCAACCAGCGCAAUCGAGCCCCUCGCAAACGCGAGCCACCCAGUCAGUUGGGGCCAGGACACGAUCUUGACUUUACACGAUCUGAGGAUGGCGGUGAUAUCUACUAUCGGAACGAUGACCUAUUCCGUGGGUUCUAA